AAACAAAGCGUGGUUUUUUACGGAGCGGUGAUCGCUUGUAAGGAGCCCGUGGACGUUUUUGUUUUCUGCACUCCCCCCCCCUCCCCCGUUACUUUCUCCCUACCUGCCAAGCGUGGCGAAGAUGUUUUUUGCUGGUCGGUAUAUGUCUCCAAGGAAACGAUCGUCCUCGCAGUAGCCGGUGGAAUGAGCGAGGUAAGCAACACAAAUAAGAAGUCGCUUCCUGUAAUGAUGCUGAAUGUUCUGUUUCCUGACGCAUCUGUUGUCAGCAGGGAGUGUUCGUGUUGGAUUCCUUGUUCACAUCCUCGCUGACAACAUAUCGCCAUGAAUAAGCAACUUUUUAUAGUUGCUGGUAUUCUGGUACAUUGUGUGUUCCUGAUCUCUAUCUUUGACAUUUAUUUCACCUCUCCUCUGGUCCAUGGAAUGACUCCUCAUCAAAUUCUGCUGCCGCCACCUGCACAACGCUUAGUACUGUUUGUUGCGGAUGGGCUACGUGCAGAUUCACUAUAUGCGUUGGACGGUAGUGGCAAUUCUAAUGCACCUUUCCUUAGGAAUAUCAUAGCUUCAAAAGGCAGUUGGGGAGUAUCUCAUACUCGUGUUCCAACAGAAUCUAGACCUGGGCAUGUUGCUCUAAUAGCUGGAUUUUAUGAAGAUGUCAGUGCUGUUGCCAGAGGAUGGAAAGAAAAUCCAGUGGAAUUUGAUUCUAUUUUCAAUGAAAGUAAAUAUACUUGGAGCUGGGGAAGUCCAGAUAUUCUUCCUAUGUUUGCUAAAGGUGCUACUGGUGAUCACGUUUACACCAACUGCUAUAAAGCUGAAAGAGAAGAUUUUGCAGCUGAAGAUGCCACUAUACUGGACACUUGGGUUUUUGACCAGGUUAAGGAUUUCUUCAACUCGGCUAAAAACAAUGAAACAUUGUUUUCUAAACUUCAUGAACAAAAAAUCAUUUUCUUCCUGCACUUAUUAGGAUUAGAUACAAAUGGUCAUGCUCAUCGGCCUCAUUCAAGGGAAUAUAAGAACAAUAUCAGGAAAGUUGAUGAAGGUAUACAAGAAAUUGUUUCAGUGGUUGAGGGCUUCUAUGGAAAUGAUGGCAACACGGCCUUUAUCUUAACUUCUGACCAUGGAAUGACAGACUGGGGGACUCAUGGAGCAAGUCAUCCAUCAGAAACAUUAACACCCCUAAUUGCUUGGGGAGCAGGAAUCAAAUAUCCUCAGAUGGUUACCUCACAGCCAUAUGAAGACACAUUUUUAAAAGAAUGGAAGCUGGAGAUGUGGAAACGCCAAGAUGUGAAUCAGGCUGACAUUGCACCACUGAUGGCUUCCCUUAUUGGAGUUCCUUUUCCUCUGAAUUCAGUGGGUGUUUUACCUCUUGAAUACUUGAAUAAUACUGCCCAAUUUAAGGCAGAGAGCAUGCUUACCAACGCUGUCCAGAUUCUUGAAAAAUUUAAGGUUAAGAUGGCUCAGAAGAAGAAAACUACAUUAUCAUUCUUGUUUUCACCAUUCAAGUCUCUCUCUGAAUCAGAGCAAAUUGAUAUUCUGAGAAAAACAAGGAUAUCUAUUCAACAUGAGAAAUAUGAGGAAUCUAUAUCCCUUUGUAGAAAGCUGAUUAAUCUUGCUUUAGAUGGGCUCUCUUAUUACCAUACAUAUGACAGAUUUUUCCUUGGCUUGAGUAUCACCAUGGGUUUUGUAGGCUGGACAUUUUAUGUGAUUCUGAUUAUAAUAAAAUCAGAUACAAGCAUGACCAGUGGUAUAACAAAAAAUAAGGUGCCUGAUAAGUUUUUCCAAUAUGGGUUUGCAGCUAUUGGAGUUUUGAUAGCCUUGUUUCUCUUCAUUCAAAGCUUGCCUUGGACCUACUACAUAUAUUGCCUAUUACCAGUCCCUGUAUGGUAUGCAGUUUUAAAAGAAUACCCUGUUAUCCAUGUAUUGAUCAGAUUUCUCUUGAAUGUUCAGCGGGCUCAAUUUUCUGGAUUCCUAGUAAUAUAUGCCGUGGGGAUUGAAAUAUUAGUUUUCUCCUUCUUCUAUCGCUCCACUCUCACUUUUGGCCUGAUUGUCUUUUCUGUGUGGCCUGUGGUCAUUCGACUGUGGAUCCAAGCAAAGGCAACAGUGCUAAGAUGGAUUCUCUCGUGUUUACUCCUGGCAAUCUUUCCCUUGAUGCCUGUGAUAGGAAGAGAAUCAAAUGUCUCUUUAGUAACAGCAGCUGGCCUGCUAAUUAUAUUGAUAGCUUUGUCCUACCUAGUGACAUUUUUUCGGAGGAGCAAAAAUAAAUAUUUGCAUCAUAAAGAUCUCCAAAUAUAUCUAUUUCAGUUGCUGAGUCUGGUGGCAUCAACAUACAUUGUGAACAGUACUCAUAGCAGUCUUCAGAGCAAACAAGGAUUGCCUAUAAUAAAUCAAGUUAUCAGCUGGAUGACAUUGGUUUCAUCCUUGAUAGUGCCACUCCUGAGUCCCACUUUUCUGUUCCUGAGGCUGUUGAGCAUACUACUUUCUCUGAUGUCAACUUAUCUUCUCCUUAGCACCGGGUAUGAAGCUCUCUUCCCUCUGGCGUUGGCUUUGUUGAUGUUUGUGUGGAUAGACAUGGAACAAGAAACAAUCCAACAGUAUGGAAUUUCAUUUAAACCUAAGCUUGCUGCUCUCAGCUUUUCUUACACUACAGAUACACCCCAGUUUCGACCACUUCAUGUGGAUGACAUCAGGAGGGCUUUUUUCUUUGUUUUUUUCAUAGUGACGGCCUUUUUCGGCACAGGAAAUAUAGCUUCUAUUAACAGCUUUGAUCCAACCUCGGUAUAUUGCUUCUUGACUGUGUUCAGCCCUUUCCUGAUGGGAGGCUUGCUAUUGUGGAAGAUUGCAAUCCCCUUUGUUCUUGUGUCAUGUGCAUUUGAAGCUAUUCAAGUCACAACCCAGCUAUCAUCUAAAAGGCUUUUUCUCAUUGUUCUUGUGAUUUCAGACAUUAUGGCUUUGCACUUCUUCUUUCUGGUUAAAGAUUACGGAAGCUGGCUAGACAUUGGAACAAGUAUUAGCCAUUAUGUCAUUGUGAUGUCCUUCACUAUUUUCCUGAUGCUUUUAAGUGGAGUGGCUCAGCUGCUCACUACAAAGAGACUGGAGCUUUGGGAAGGAACUAAACGCCAUUCAUUGUGACAAAUUAUUGAAGGACUUGUAUUGAUAGAAUCUUCAUUCUUUCAAGAGACAGACAGAAUUAUGAAAUUGGCUUCUAGAGACUCCUGAAGAACUUGAUGCAGAAGAACACGAAGUAACUUGUCAUCUUUUCUCUAUGGAAUUAAAUUUUCUUCCUUCUUUUUCCUUCAAAGGAACUUCUGGUUUCAAAGUGAACAACUACUAUGUACAACCUUGCUUAUUGUUAAGGGUAAAUGCUGUGCUUGUGUUUACAAAAGGGACUCAAAAGGAUGAUAGGAAGAUGAACUUUGUUUUAUUGGUUUCUCUAGAAGGCAAGACAAUUAGUUUCUGAGCUGCUAACAAGCUAAGUAUUGUGCCAACUUUUGGAACAAACAAUAGAGAGAUAAAUUUUUGCUGUGAUAUAUGGCAGACUUUUCACUUUGGAAAUUCAAAUCAGGUUUAAAGAUGUAUAUUUUGGAAUGAGAUCGAAACUUUAAAGGUACUUUUUUAAAUUGUGUGUGUAUGAAUGGAAUUUCCAUUUUAAGAUGCAGACUAAUUAUAUUUGUUUGCUGCUAUUGCUUUCCAUCUCUUUUUAUAAAACAUACAAAAAUAGUUUUCAUCAUACACGGAUGAUGUAUUAAUAUUUGUCUUAUUUUAAUCUCACAACUGCUUCAUUUGCUCAAGGCCACUCUGAGGAAUUGUCUUAGCAAAUACUGAAAACCAGCUCUACCUGUUCAAACUCUCUUUGUAACCAUCAAACAAACUAUAUACCUACCAACUAAACCAGUUGAACUAUUUAGAAAACCAGUUGGUUGCUCAAGUUAUGUGCUUGAGACCAUAUUUGCUGAACACCAGGGCAAGGAGUUCAUUUUUAUAACAAAUGUUUUCAGUAGUAGCUGUUCAGUUAAAACUUAUCCUCCGCUCUCAUACAAAUAUCAGUUGGAUAAGAGCUGUGUGAGAUUGUUUCACAGCCACUGCUCAGCACAGGAGCUGAAUUUGUUUCUCUUUCAGUAUAAUUUAGCUUUUGCUACUGUGGUGCCUUCUUGAAUAAUUUGAAGCAUUGACUGGAAAAUGCUUCCCAUGCUCUCAGACAGAGGCUUUGUCCUGAUCUUUCUAAUCAUCUUUGUCCUGAUCCUUUUAAUUCAAUAUAUUCAGCAAUUGAAUUGAGAGUCUUCUGCAGGGAAAGCCUGUAGUAUACCACUGAGCUACAAUUUGCUCAGUAUGAAAUCAGCCAUUCUCUACAAUUACACAUUUGAGCUAAAAAGUCCAGGGCAAUACAAUACUGCACUGUAGUACAUUGCUGGGGGAAUAGACAUGCAAGUGCAUAUAGCUCACGAAAGCCAUCAUUAUUCAGACUUCUAAUUUGUCAGUAAAAAUAAUGGUGUCCAUGAGAGAUUAUACUGUAGCGUAGGAGCCUGCCAUAAUUAUAAGGAACUGGGGAAAAAAUCUAUGAAACGCGCACACCAUGGUAGCUGUCAAAACUGGAACAUAUCAGCAACCUGUUCAUCCUGAAAACUGCUGUAGCUCUCCAGCCUCUUGGCUCUAUGUCAGUAAAACUCUAGAAUCCAGCCACCCCAAUAGGAGUAUCCAUUUGAUAGUAGACAAAAGCAUUGAUUUGUAUCCUUGAAAUGGGGGAAAUAACAUGUCAAAAAAAAAAUACUAGAAAAAUUCAUCUGCCAGGAGCUGGCAAGGUCAAGAAAUUUGAUCCAAGGUUUGAAAAAAAUGUUUUCGAACAUGUAGAGAGGCAUGAAUCUGUUGCCUUCUCUCUUCAACUGCCAUACAACCUCAGAAAAGAUGAUUUUUGUUCAAAUGGCGGCCAAUAGAUGCUGUAUUUGUCUUGCUGAGCACCUUUUUUGACUUCAAAUUCCAUGUGCGCCAUACACCUUUAAUAAUCAGUAUUGCUGCAUUGGUUAAGCACUGGAAAAGC